UAGGCAUCCUGCGCCGAGAUAUUGCGCGCGCUUUCUGGUUUACCGUUCGGCGCGUUCUCGCGUACUUGUCUGCCGGUGUUGACGUCGCGCGUUCAGGUGAACGACUCUGCUUGCGGGGUGACAUGGAUUCCGACAGCUGCUCGUUGACCUGCACCGUUGCCGUGGAAUGGUUAAACGCGCAAGGAUCCAUCCUGAGGAAGGCGACUCACCGGACGGCGUCGUUGCGCCUGAUUCGAGACACGCAGCGCGAGCUGCUGGUCGAGGUACGCGCCGAGAAGGCGAACGCGCUCACGAAGCUACCCCUAAGAGGUAUAUCGGUAUUUAAUAAAUUCAUGACCGAGGGCAAGGCGUCCAUCAAGUUUAAAGAGCAGAACUGCACGUUGUUCUUGUCAAACGCACCCUCCUCCCAGCUGAUAACGUUCCUGAAGACUAUAUUCGUCAAGCUGACGGGCCAGGAAGUACAUCAAGUCCCGAAGGAUCCCUUGCGGGAGAAGUUCUUUGCGAAUGUGCGACCGGGCGGCGGUGGCGAGGGCGAGGACAUCAGUCCAGCUACUAGCACAGAGGUCAACAGAGCGAAGGAGAAAGCUAUGGCUGUGUCACGCGCGACGGUCACCACUCCGUCGCCGGGCGUGGUCAGGAAGCGGAAGCAUUUCAACGACGAUGGCCACGGCGCUAAGGUACCCGCGGCAAAGAAGCUGUACGAGAAUCCUACUGCAGGAGAGCUGACUGAGGAGCAAACGCGAAUUCUGAAUGCGGUACUCAGCGGGAAGAACGUGUUUUUCACCGGUAGCGCAGGCACCGGUAAGUCGUUUCUACUGAGGAAGAUAAUCUCGGCCCUUCCCCCGGACGUGACGAUGGCCACAGCGAGCACUGGAGUAGCAGCCUGUCACAUAGGUGGAAUUACGUUGCAUCAGUUUGCCGGUAUCGGUCUGGGUACCGCCACCAAGGAGAGAUGCGUCCAGUUGGCCUCCCGUCCGUCCGCAGCUUCGAUAUGGAGGAGAACGAAACACUUGGUGAUAGACGAAAUUUCUAUGGUAAACGGUGAUUUUUUUGACAAGAUCGAGGCGGUGGCGAGACACGUGCGUAGAACGGAACGACCCUUCGGAGGAAUACAAUUAAUCUUGUGCGGCGACUUCUUUCAGUUACCUCCCGUGUCUAGGACUGACGACAAGGCCAAGUUUUGCUUUCAAAGCGAGGCCUGGCAAAAAUGUGUUCACUUUAAUUUUGAAUUACAGACGGUCCAUCGACAAAAGGACAAGGCGUUCGUGAAAAUAUUAAAUAGCGUUAGGAUAGGUAGAGUCACGGAUGACAUCGUAGAUAUAUUGAAGGAAACGGCGAAGCAAAAAAUUGAAGGCAAUGGAGUAUUAGCAACUAGAUUAUGUUCGCAUGUGAAGGAGGCCGAUGAGAUUAAUGAAUUUCAGUUGGAUGAACUUAAGGGCGAGAGUAAAGUAUAUACGGCGUUAGAUUCCGAUAGUUCUAUGACGUACAUGUUGGAUCAGCAGCUGCCUAUACCUGGUAAAUUAGUACUGAAAGUUGGCGCGCAAGUUAUGCUGCUGAAAAAUAUAAAUGUUAACAGUGGAUUGGUGAACGGAGCUCGAGGUGUUGUUGUUAGUUUUAAAAAUGAUAUACCGGUGAUUCAGUUGCGAUCUGGAACUCAUUAUGAGGCAAAGAUGGAAAAAUGGGCUAUCAAAACUACUUCCGGUGCUGUCGUACACCGAAAACAAGUUCCGUUAAAGCUAGCGUGGGCCUUUUCGAUUCAUAAAAGUCAGGGCUUAACUUUAGACUGCGUGGAAAUGUGUUUGGCGAGGGUAUUUGACGCCGGUCAAUCUUACGUAGCACUUUCAAGAGCUCAGAGCUUACAAAGUUUACGUGUUUUAGAUUUUAAUAGCCAACAGGUGUGGGCUAACACAGCUGUACUUGAAUUUUACAAAAAAUUCAGGAGGACGGUGCAAGAGAUGGAAAUGAUUCCUCUCGGUAAGAAAAUUAAAUUAGAGGGAAAUAAACGAUAAUAUAUUUAUAUUUUUUAUAAUC